AAUUCGUCUAUCUGUAUGACUCCCAUUUAAGUUCAAACAUCAGAUAAGGACGGGUUUGUUCAAAAUGCCUGCCGUUACUUACGUGAUAACGUGUUUUGCUGCGGGCAUUCUUGUUACCCGAGGGUGUGAAGACGGCUUCGUGAAACACCGUGAGAACUGCUACCACUUCAGCCACGAUACGGAGACCUGGAUCAACGCUCUGACGGCGUGCCGGGUGAUAUACAAUGCUCAGCUCGUGGAGAUUGUGGACCAGGCAGAGAACGCAUUCCUUGUUAACGAGUCCACACUGAGGAACACGGAGUACUGGAUAGGAGCAGACGACCUGCGAGUUGAAGGGGAAUGGAUGUGGGCCACUUCCGGUGACCCGGUGUCCAAUAGGACCUCCGGCAACAGGAUGCUCCUUAGCAACAACGGCAAUAAUGAAAAUUGCCUGGAAAUACUUCGUAGCAACUGGAACGAUGAUCAAUGCGAUAAGAGUCAGCACUACAUUUGCCAGAAAUCGGUCGAGAUUCCUGUCGUGGUCGGAUAAACGGAUCUAGAAUAAAGUUUAGAUUUAGAAUCCAGAACGAUGUUUCACACUUUUACUUAAAUUUGUUGAUUGUAUGCAGCAUUACGCAAUAAUUAGGACUGACAGCAUAUAAUUUAAUCAUUUCAGUUUUAAAAUGUACCUGUGAAAGCAUGUACUUCCUAAAGAGUAAAAUACAAAUAAAAACAUUUAAAAACU